AUGCCAACUUCUUCCUCAGCUGCUCCUGACACGCGUUUGAUUGAGCUUGGAAAACCCCCACAAAUGGACGGGCGCUGCCACCCCUCUCCUGGGCCUGAAGAAGAAGCUGGAUCCAACAUGUCUGCACGCUCGGACAGUUUGGGGAGCAGCAGCUGCGUGUUUUCUUCCGACGCCUCACACCAGCCCGUGACGGGAGAUGACUGUGCAGAACUUGUCCUGGCCUGUCUGCAUUGUCGCUUCCACGAGUUCCUGCUCCUGCUGCAGGACACGACAUGGAGGUUGGUGACGCGCUGCUGGCCUGCGCUGGACUACGUCGCUCAGUCCGGUCAGCGGGACCACCGGGGAUUCGAGGGCUGCAACUGCGAUCUGGGACUGGACUGGGACUUUUGCAACUCCUGCCAGGACUCGGCAGAACUUCUGGAGCUGGCCAUGGAGAUAUCAGAAGUGUGCUAUCGCUAA